AUGAAUAUCCUCUAAUAAAAAUAAACCCAAGAAAAUUAAGAAACUAUAUGCAAAAUUCACAAUCUAGAACUUAUAGCAGUUGAUUUGGACUUAUCAGAUAAAGCACAAAUUUAAUUCUAUUGUGGUAAAUGCUUAGUUGAAAAAAUGAAAAAUAAUAAAGUGACAACUAUAGAAUAAUCUAAAGAAAGAAUCUAAAAAAUAAAAGCAUAAUAACUAGAUAUUAAAACUAAAGAAAAUUAAGCUAGACUCAAUUAUUAUAAGAAUAUUUUAGAUUAAAUUAUGGAUUUCAAAUAAUCUAUUAAUGAUUCAUUGGAAAAAAUGUAUAAACAGAUAUAAUAAUAUAUAUUUCCAAUUUAAAAAGAAAAAUUAGAAUUACAAAAUUAUGAAUAGUAAUAUAAUUACUUUGAAGAUAUUAAAUAAUUAUCAGAAUUAUAUACUUAAGACGAAUAAAAAUCAUCGAAAUUAUUAGAAGAUAAUAAUUUCAUUAAUGAAAUCUAAAGAUAAUUUGAAUAAUUAUUUAAUAAUUCUGAAUACACAUAGACUUUAGAUACUUUUAAAAAUACAAAAUAACAAAUAAAGGAUAUUAUGGAAAUUAAUGUCAUAGAAUUACUUCCAUUAUUAAUGACUUAAAAUGAAUCGGUAUUUAUAAAUUAAAUAUAAAUAGAAAACUCCAAGUUUAAGUAGAAUAUGCAGUCAUCAUAAAAAGGAAAUUAUCAUGAUUGAUAUGGAUACAUAAGAAAAGGAUAUUGAAAAGAGACUUGCAUGUGUAGAUUGUAUUUCUGAAAAUCCAUUAAUUAAAUAUUCAACUAUUGAAAAUGUAAAUAAAUAAUGGAAGGAAUACAGUUCAGAAUCUGAAAAGAUUUUAAAAGAGUAUAAGAAGGAGAGUAAAGAAAAAAAGGCUGAAUUAUUUAAUUAAAUAGGUUAGAUGAGGAAGAAUUAUAAUUAAAAAUUAAAUGAAAUUUGCGAAAAAUUAUUUACAGACUAAUACUUAUGUAUUGAUAAGACAAAAGAAUCUAAUUAGAUAAAAAAAAUUUCAAUUUAAGCAUUAGAUGAUUAAUAAUUACUGAAAGAUUUAAAGUAAUUGAUAGAAAAGGAAAAUGUAACAUCAAAUUAAGCAGCAACAAAUUUAAAAAGUAAAGAUUCAAUUUUCAAGAAAGAGAUCGAGAAUCAUCUCGAAUCUUUAAAACAAUAUGAUUAAUAAGAUAUCUAAUAAUCAUUAGAUAUUCUUAGAGGCAUCUCAAGUAAUACAUUUAUUUAGAUUUUUAAAUAGUUGAAAGAAAUUUUAUAAUAUAAUUAUCUGAUACGAUUUCAUAAAUAUAAAAAUCUGCACAAAAGGAUGAAAAUUAUAAAGAUUAAAUUAAUUUAAUAUAGGAAAUAGAACUUAUGAUUGAUUAGGCGAAAAAAUAUUAAAGUUAAUUCAAUUUAUUUGAUUAAACUAUUCAAUUAUAUUAGAAACAUGCUUAGAUAAUAAAAUAAAUUUAAUCAAAUAUUUAAUCUAAAACAACUGAUUAGACAGAUAAAUCAGAAUAAUUAAUCAAGUCUUAAUAUUAAAAUCUAUAGAAUAUAAUUAAUGAUUAUGAGAAUAACUUUGAGAAUAAUAGUAAAUAGUUGAAGAAGUUUUGUAAUAUUCAAUAAUUGGAGAAUGAUUUAGUUAAUUAUAAAGAAAAGAAUUAUAAUUUAGAAUUAGAAAGUAAUCUAAUUAUUUAUUUCAUAGAUACAAAAUAACUAAAUUAAAAAAAAAAAGAAUUCGAAGAAAUAAUUACUGAAUUAAAUAAGAAAUUAGAGUUAAAGGAAAUAGAAUAUUAAAAUCUUAAAAACUAAUUUGAUCAAGUAAAUUAAGAUAAUAUAAAUCUGAAGAAAUAAUUUGAAUAAGAUAAAAUCAAUUUAUUAAAGGAACAAUAAGAUUAAUGUAUUAAUUUUCACAAUAUUAAAUAGAAAAUAAAUUAUAACAAUCAUUUAAUCAAAAAAUGGUGUAAAAAGAUUCAGAAUUAAAAACAGUGUAAACAAAACUUGAUGAAAUUAAUAAGAAGUUAGAAAAAGAUAAAAUGGAAUUAGAAAAAGUAUUAAUUUUUAAUCAAAUUAUCUAAGAAUUUAUAAUUUUAAAAAGGAUUAACAUUUUCAUAUAAUUAUAAACAUAAUGAUAUUGUGAUAAGUGAUAAUGGAAAGAUUGUUGAUAUUGGUAAUAAUUCUAAUGGUUAUUGUAUGUGUGAAAAAGUGAUUCCUAAAAUUGGUAAAAUACACUUUGAAUUCGAAAUACUUAGAAUUACUUAAUGGUGUGAAAUUGGAAUAGGAUUUAGAGAAAUGAUUAAAUAAAAUGGAUAUAAAGGUGAUGGUUAAGGUUAAGGGUAUUAAAUAUAAUUAAUUAUAAUCUAGAUCAUAUUUAUUAAGAGAACAAAGUAGUACAUAUUUCCAUCAUUCAAAUAAUACUAAAGGAAAAGCAUUUAACUUUUAAGUAAAUGAUAUAAUAAUAAUGGAAGUGAGUGUAGAACAUAAAUAUAUAAAAUGGACUAAAUACAAUUCAUAAGAUAUUUUAGUAAAUAUUAUUAUAUAUAUAUUUUUAUAUAGAUCACAGAAAUAGAUACAUCUUAAGAUUUAUAUCCAUGUGUUUAUAUUAAAAAUUCUAAAGUGAAAAUUAAAGAUAUAUCAUCAUGA